AGGAAGUAAGAUUUUCGUCACUUUAGUACAAUAUUUUAAAUGAGAUAUUCUUUUGAAAUGGCUGCUGAAUAUAUAAAUGAAACUUUUACAGGAAAUAACAGUAUAGUAGAGGAGGUCAUUAUCAAAGAAACGGAUAUAACGACUGGUGUGUAUGAAUCGCUACAGAAAACUAAGGAUUGCGAGUUAUAUCAGACUUUAGAAAAUAGUAAAACAAAUCAGGAAGUUGACGCCAAGCGAUGUAAAGUUAUUUCAAAGAAGAAAAUAAUAUAUGUUUUACUCGUUUUCCUGUCGGUUACAGUCAUUGGGACACUUAUUGGCGUUAUAAUUCUUUUCGCUUCUACUACUAAAACAGAUGGAAGCUGGGAAAACUGGGAGAUGUGGAGUAACUGUAGUGCUGCCUGUGAUGGUGGUUUCAGAACAAGGUCAAGGACUUGCUCAAAUCCAACACCGUCUCCUUUUGGAAGAUAUUGUCAAGGAAACUCAACUGAUAUAGAAUCGUGUGGAAACGAAAAUUGCGAUAUAAAUGAAUGCGACACAAAUCCAUGUUUGCAUGGUUCUUGCACUGACCUGGUUAAUGGAUACAGCUGUUUUUGUUUCACCGGAUAUAGCGGUCUGAAUUGUCAAACAGAUAUUGAUGAAUGUAGCUCAGUCACGUGUGGUAAUGGAACAUGUAUCGAUGGUAUCGGUAACUACAGUUGCUCGUGCAAUGUUGGAUUUGAUGGAAUCAACUGUGAUCACGAUAUAGAUGAAUGUAGCUCAGUUACGUGUGGUAAUGGGACAUGUAUCGAUGGUAUCAAUAAUUACCGCUGCUCAUGCAAUGUUGGAUUUGCUGGAUCCACCUGUGACCGCGUAAAAACAGAUGAUUGCCUCGACAUUUUGCGGUACGGUGGAAAUAGGGAAGACGGGGUUUAUACACUUAGAACAUGGAAAAGUCAUCAGGUUGUUAAAGUAUAUUGCGACAUGACCACAAGCGGAGGUGGUUGGACGGUGUUUCAGUACCGUUUUAAUGGAUCAGUGGAUUUUUACAGAAAUUUUUCUGAGUAUGAGCAAGGAUUUGGAAAUUUGAAAACUGAAUUUUGGCUUGGUCUGAGCUACAUUGAAGAGUUGGCUGCUCAAGGACGUACCGACCUGCGGAUCGAUUUAGAAGCAAAAAAUGGAACAACAGGAUUUGAAACAUUCGACAAUUUCUCCCUUUCCGCUGGACCGGCGUAUACCCUGCAUAUUGGAUCAACUAUAGCUUCUUCGCGAAUUUCGGGCAGUAACAUGUUUGGUUCAUAUCAUAAUGGCUGUAACUUUACUACUUACGAUCACGAUGCUGAUUCUAGUAGUGGCAACUGUGCUGUUACGUACCAAGGUGGAUGGUGGUAUAGAGAUUGCUAUAGUGCCAAUCUAAAUGGAAAUUACUUGACACCAGGGACAGUGAGUCUGCAGUCUAUGAAUUACCACAGAUUUUUAGGUAUCUUUUCCUUGAAAUCCAGCAUGAUGAUGAUGAGAAGAAAACGAGAAUAGACUAUACGAGUAUAAAAGUGAUGUUCACGUUGUACGUGGUUUACAGGACAUUGUGUACUUUCUUACUUCCAAAUGUGGGGGCCUUAUACAUCUGUAUUACACUGAUUUCUUAAAAAGAGUUUCCGUUAUAACGGUUAUACAUUCGUAUUACAAUUAUCUUCCGUAAAUUAUUUCUUACAUGUUUUAUAUAUAAACACGGUACCCAAUAACCAUUUAGCAACAAACAGUUAGUUAAAUUCUCUCUCACAUUAAGGAUACAACACUAAAAUUUUCAACUUUUUAAGGGGUUGCAUAUUUUUCGAUAGCUUCACUGCUAAAACAAAUUGUAAGGAAAGCAAAAGAUAUUUGAAAAAGUCAUUUGAAGACAGCAUAUAUUUAUCUGCAAUUCUUUUACAAUUAUUUUGGGUAUUGAACCAACAGUCAUAUGUAAACAACUUAUAUUUAUUUGCAGUACUUUUACAGUUAUUCUGGUUAUUGAACCAACAGUCGGGGCCUCCGUGGCCGAGUGGUCGCUGAGUUCAAAUCACUUGCCCCUCAUCGAUGUGGGUUCGAGCCUCACUUGGGGCGUUGAAUUCUUCACGUGAGGAAGCCAUCCAGCUGGCUUACGGAAGGUCGGUGGUUCUACCCAGGUGCCCGCUCGUGAUGAAAUAAUGCACGGAGGGGCACCUGGGGUCUUCCUCCACCAUCAAAGCUGGAAAGUCGCCAUAUGACCUAAAAUGUGUCGGUGCGACGUUAAACCCAAAACAAACAAAAAAAUGAACCAACAGUCAUAUGUAAGCAGCUUAUAUUUAUCUGCAAUACUUUUACAAUUAUUUUGGGUAUUGAACCAACAGUCAUAUGUAAGCAGCUUACAUUUAUCUGCAAUACUUUUACAAUUAUUUUGGGUAUUGAACCAACAGUCAUAUGUAAGUAGCUUAUAUAUAUCUGCAGUACUUUUUACAAAUAUUUUGGGUAUUGAACCAACGUUCAUAUGUAAGCAGCUUAUAUCUAUCUGCAGUUACAAUUAUCUUGGGUAGUGAUCCAAUAAUCAUAUUAAAGGUUUUAUGUUGUUUUAUACUUUAAAAUAUAAAAAAUAACGUACCUCUUUAAAGCCUUAUUUAAGUUUUCAUAUUCAUUGAAAUAAAUACAGCCAUAUUUUACAUUAGUGUGUUUCUUUAUAUAUAUUUAGUUUCCGGCAGUAACAUGUUUGGUCCAUAUCAUAAUGGCUGUAACUUUACUACUUACGAUCACGAUGCUGAUUCUAGUAGUGGCAACUGUACUGUUACAUACCAAGGUGCCUGGUGGUACAGAGAUUGCUAUAGUGCCAAUCUAAAUCUACCCGUAUAACUUUGUCUUUUCCCGAUAGGUAGGCACGAACACAAUUCCCCAUACCCACCCCACCCCACCCCGCACACACACAAAAAUCUUAGAGCAGUGAAUGUAUAUUAAUGAAAACGGUAGACUUUUCAUCAAAAUAAAAUAAACGAAGUAAAACAGAUGGGAAAGAAGGAGGAUAAAAUAAUAAAAUCUGUAAAAAGAUCCUUUGGAAGUAUAGAAUGCAACCAAGAAGAAUAAAAGCAAAGUUAUCGUAUUUUUGAAUAUGUGCCAUUUCCAUACCUUGUCUGUAUCAAACUGAUAAUUCUCAGACUGAUUUUGCACUUAAUAGUGAGGAAAUUGCAACUUGUAAUUUCAAAUUAGCAUUUAUCAGAUUUGUCUGAUUUCCCGUUGCGUUAGGUCAUUUCUCCAUUUCUCAAUUUUGUGAACAUUUUUGCACUAGUAACGAAAAAAAAUAAAAAAAUUCAUGUUUA